AUGAUAACUCCUGAUUGUAGUAAAGUGAUAACAGCAAGUAGUGAAGGCAAACGAAAGGUUUGGGACACAUCUACUCAUACAGAAAUAAGUUAGAUAAGCGAUAAUUUUGAGUACGCUUUUUGUAUUGAUGGUUCAUAUGAUGGUUAAUGCAUUGCUGCCUGCGGUUCAAAUGAUUAGAUUAUUAGAUUUUGGAAUAUUAAUAAUACAUAAGAACCAAUAUUCAGAUUAAAAUAUCAUACUAAAACAAUUGAAAGAAUCAAAUUUGUAUUAUGGAUUAAUUUUAUCUAAAUUCUUAAAAUUCAAUUCUGGAAUUAUUAUAAUGCCAUAAUCUUCUUAAUUGAAAUCAAUUAGUUAAAACCAUUAAGUGGUUAUUUGACAUGA